AUGCAGCCGCAACGCAAGCCCAAAUGGUCACCCGGGCACCAGCCACCAGUUGCAGAGACAACCGACGGUGCUCUCGUCGAAGGUGCUCGGGAACCUGGGCCAUCUCCACAUUUCAAGACACUCAAAGAGACCCUUCUCCACGAGCGCCAGCGGAUGUAUGCAUGCGUAGGGAUCAUACCGGUAGGAGCACGAGGAGCAAAGGGCGGGAUUGGCGAUAUCUCUAUGAAGAAUUACUGGACGAUAACGACUGGACCACGUACGGGGGAUAACGACUCGGGCAGUGCAGUACUGGAGCACAAGAUCACUGGAGGAUACCUGGAUUGCAAAUGGGAACCGGCCCGGUUGAGCCUUGGAACGUGCGGUGUCCCUCGUGUGAUGUUUAACUGA